GAUGAAGCCAACGGCACGAUGCUUUUUCUUUCUUUGCUUUUGCUCCCUUGUUCCUCACGGACAGACGAUGACAGUAAUGACUCGACUGAAGAUAUAGAGGGCAGCAGACUCACUGGGCCAGAAUCGUGGAAUAAAAAAAGAUCAAUGCUCGCGUUGAACUUCUUCUUUCUAUAAGUAUGUCUUGUCCCAUCACGGUUGAACCAUGGCUAACAGCCAUGCAAUCCAUCCUUACCUGACUGCAUGACGAUCCCUGUUCUUGGCUUGCAGGUUAGCCAGGCGAGCGAGGGAGUCAGCGCAAGAGGCAGACCCUGGUCGGUGCUAGGUGGCAAUAAGACAACCAGUCUGUGGAGAUUUCGCUUCUGUGGCUGGUGCUCUUUUCCAUUUUUCCAUUCUUGGUUCGUAUUUUUUUUUGUCAAAGCAAUAUUUAACCUGUCGGGGUCGCCUGAUGAUCGCGAAACCCAAACCUUACGCGACAAUAAGAGAGACACCUUCGCGACCCAGACGACCCCGCACGGCGGGUGUGUGGAUGGCGACGAGACUCGGAGGGAGGGAAGGUUUGUCAACGAGAAACAGAGGUGGAUGGUAAAAACCGGAAAGGAAGAGAGAAAGAGAGAGACAGUGGAAGAAGAGAUAGAAGGUCAUGCGACGCUUCCAUCCGCUUCUAAUUAUACCCCAGAAUGGUAUCAUGAGGGUAGAGAGUUCGUCGGUAGGCUCUCCCGGAUGGCUUACCAAGAUCAUUAUCUCGAGUCAGUCUCGACCGGAGGGAAAAGGUCCAGUAUACCCCGAUAUCAGCACCCAGAAUCCACCCCAAAGUCGCAGAACCCAAGAUGAGAAAAGACGAGCCCCCAAACAGACAAAACCACCACCGCUAAAGUCCUAAUAAGAUCUAGGUGGAUGAUGCACGACUGCCUUGAUUCAAGCCCCCCUAUUUGCAUCCCCACGCUGCAUGCAUGGCACAUCAAGAUCCGACCCUCCCUCCAUUUCGUCCUUCCGUGAACUUAAUACACCACGCCAUGCAGAGCUUUGGUCCCCCAUCCAAGCUUUUCCAGCCAU